GGGCUCGGACGCGCACCCAGGCGCACGCGGCCCGCGAUCCCGGUCGCGCUGGGAUUGGCCGGCCCGCGGCUUCUCCCGCCCCCAGUCACUUGCCGGCGAGGUCUUCCGGGGGGUUUCUUUCCUCCCCUCUCGUUUCGCUUCGCGAGACCAGAGCCGGAGGUCCGGGAGCGCCCAGCGGCCCCCGGCGAGAGGAGGCCGCACUCCGCGUCUCCGCGAUGAGGCCCCGGAAAGCCUGCCUGCUUCUCCUGCUCCUGGCCCUGGCGCAGCUACUGGCCGUGUCGGGCGCCGGGGGCCCGGACGAAGAUUCUUCUAAUAAAGAAGAUGCCAUUGAGGAGGAAGAGGAGGAGGAGGAGGAAGAUGAAGACGAGGAGGACGAUGACUUGGAAGUUAAGGAAGAAGGUGGUGUCUUGAUCCUCACUGAUGCAAACUUCGACAACUUUGUGGCUGACAAAGACACGGUGCUGCUGGAGUUCUAUGCUCCAUGGUGCGGACAUUGCAAGCAGUUUGCACCAGAAUAUGAAAAAAUCGCCACUACCUUGAAGGAGAGCGACCCCCCCAUCCCUGUCGCGAAGAUCGACGCCACCUCGGAGUCGGCACUGGCCAGCAGGUUUGACGUGAGCGGCUACCCCACCAUCAAGAUCCUGAAGAAGGGGCAGGCUGUCGACUACGAGGGCUCCAGGACCCAGGAAGAAAUUGUUGCCAAAGUCAAAGAGAUCUCCCAGCCCAACUGGACACCUCCACCCGAAGCCACGCUUGUGCUAACCAAAGAUAACUUCGACGAGGUGGUGAAUGAUGCAGACAUCAUUCUGGUGGAGUUCUACGCCCCAUGGUGUGGACACUGCAAGAAACUGGCCCCCGAGUACGAGAAGGCCGCCAAGGAGCUGAGCAAGCGCUCUCCCCCCAUCCCCCUGGCAAAGGUCGAUGCCACCGCGGAAGCAGACCUGGCCAAGAGGUUCGAUGUCUCCGGCUACCCUACCCUGAAAAUCUUCCGCAAGGGAAGGCCCUUUGAUUACAACGGCCCACGGGAGAAAUACGGCAUCGUCGACUACAUGAUCGAGCAGUCUGGGCCGCCCUCCAAACAGAUCCUGGCCCUGAAGCAGGUUCAAGAGUUCCUGAAGGAUGGAGAUGAUGUCAUCAUCAUUGGGGUCUUCAAGGCAGAGAGCGACCCAGCCUACCAGCAGUACCAGGAUGCUGCUAACAACCUGAGAGAAGACUACAAAUUCUACCACACUUUCAGCACUGAAAUAGCAAAGUUCUUGAAAGUCUCCCCAGGGAAGUUGGUUGUCAUGCAGCCUGAGAAGUUCCAAUCCAAAUAUGAGCCCAAGAGCCACGUGAUGGACAUCCAGGACUCCACGGAGGGGUCAGCCAUCAAGGAGCACGUGUUGAAGCACACCCUGCCCCUGGUCGGCCACCGCAAGGCCUCCAACGACGCCAAGCGCUACUCGCGGCGCCCCCUGGUGGUCGUCUACUAUGGCGUCGACUUCAGCUUCGAUUACCGCGCAGCCACUCAGUUUUGGCGGAACAAGGUCCUGGAGGUGGCCAAGGACUUCCCUGAGUACACCUUUGCUGUGGCCGACGAGGACGACUUCGCCACAGAGGUCAAGGACCUGGGGCUCAGCGAGAGCGGGGAGGACGUCAACGCUGCCAUACUGGACGAGGGCGGCCGCAGAUUCGCCAUGGAGCCCGACGACUUCGAUGCUGACGCCCUCCGUGACUUCGUCAUCGCCUUUAAGAAGGGAAAACUGAAGCCAGUUGUCAAAUCCCAGCCAGUGCCCAAGAACAACAAGGGGCCAGUCAAGGUCGUGGUGGGGAAGACCUUUGACUCCAUCGUGAUGGACCCCAAGAAGGACGUCCUGAUUGAGUUCUAUGCACCCUGGUGCGGGCACUGCAAGCAGCUGGAGCCUGUGUACACCGCCCUGGGCAAGAAGUACAAGGGCCACAAGAACCUGGUCAUCGCCAAGAUGGACGCCACAGCCAACGACAUCACCAACGACCGCUACAAAGUCGAGGGCUUCCCCACUAUCUACUUCGCCCCCAGUGGGGACAAAAAGAACCCAAUUAAAUUUGAGGAUGGCGACAGAGAUCUGGAGCACUUGAGCAAGUUUAUAGAAGAACACGCCACAAAGCUGAGCAGAACCAGGGAAGAACUUUGAAGGCUUUGAGGGACUGCAGAGGGCAAGCGCGGGGGGGACCAGACUCGGCGUAGCUUCCAGCAACCGGCGGCCGGGCCCGAGCCGGCCGCAUGCCUGGUGGCUUUGGUCAGUGGCAGUAUCUCGAAGUUUUUGUUCAUAUUUUUUUGUUGUUGUUGUUUUUAAAUUUUUUUAUACUCUAAUAUUUCACCUCAUGCUCUGAAUACUGAAUAGAUACAAACGACUCAGUAGAUUAGUUCAGAAUUUUACAGAGGAUACAUCUAUUUUUAUCAUUAUUUGGGGUUUGAUUUUUUUAACCUUUCACCUUCUUUAAUAUAUUUCUUCAAAGCAGACAGAUUGAAUCUCUUCCUUGUGAAUUUUUUUUUAAUUUAAAAUUUAAAAAGCCUUUGCCAAGUCACAUUGAUUUUUGCCUUUUAUUUUAUCGUUGUCUGAAGAAUCAUCUGUUGAAGAUGGGACUGUUGGCUUUUGUUUCUUCCUGUCGUGGCACAAAGUGAGAACUGUCGCCCUGCCAAGGACGCCGUUUCAGCCCGACCCCAAGCCGCUGCCCAGCCCAGGGAGCCACAGCAUCUCUGCAGGGCUGGGUGUCGCUGUGCCUUCUCUCAAACAGAGGACCGCGGGUGGGGGCGAUUCCCUGUCCCCCAGACCCUUGGAGCCAGGUUCUGAGGCUCAGCCUUCCAUGUCAGGCAAGCCUGCCUCUUCAGAUUGCCUUUGCCGAGGAGAGACGACCUGGGGCACAGAUUGGAUGCUUUAGGGUGAUAGGAAGGGUAGGGCAGGCUGUUGUGAUGGAAUAAAGAAAUUACUGAAAAUGAA